CAUUUCACGUUGGAUCAGGUUGGAUUUCAUGUGGGCUCAUGGCAUUCGUAUGUGAAAAUUAGACGUGGAAACAUUAGAAUUUUUUAUAUUGAUAUAAACUCAAGUGACUGCCACGUAGGUAUUACAUCUGGCAAAGCAUGGAAUUUGUUGCCACAAAACGAAGCAGAAAGUGGAAAAAGAAGCGAUAUUUGAAAAAACGAUUGCGCGAACGAACUCGAGUUGAGGUUAGGUCUGCAAAGCAUUGCAGAGUUUUUCCCAAAUAUAUUGAUGCUUCUGAUGCACGAGAAACACUAGCAACGGGCACGAUGCAGGCCGAUUCUUUUUGGGCAAAUUAUGGAGCAUGCGAGGAAUGGCAAAAAAGACAUAGCGUAACCUGGUGGAGAUCACGGUGCAUUGCUCUUGAACAUGAGAAUGAAAUAUUGCGUAAUAAAUUGAGAUCACUAGCUCAGCAUUGUGGUUACUCUGAUGUAAUGACCCAGAAAAAUAAUUAUCAUGAAGAAAGCAACAAUCGGGAUGCGCAGGAAGCAGCAGGUUCCAAUUCAAAAGGUGAAGAUCUUGAAUUCCAUGUGACUGAAGAUAUGCUGAACUUUUUUGAAACAAGUGAGAGACAUAGAAGAGAGUUACAAAAACAUAAAUCUAAAAAUAAAACUGUAUAUGAGAAAGAAAUUGCAAAACAGAUUCCUAUCAUGAGUGUUGCUGAGAGUGCUCGUGCAAAGAAAGAAGAAGCAGCUCUGUUGUACGGUGAUGCUAGUUCUAAAAUAUUAACAAUAGAAACUACUCUACAAGCUGCAGUUGACAAAUAUAAGGACACAGCAAAUCCUCAAUAUUGGCCAAAUAUUCCUCUCAAACCUUAGGAUAAUUAAAUUAAGUUUGAUAUUCUAGGUUCAAAUUUAAUGUAUUUCAUAUCUAUUAUGAAAAUAUAUCUUUUCU